AUGAGCAAAUUAGUACGAUACGAAGGCCACAACUACCUAAGACAGCGCCUGAUACUAGCAACACUUAGCGGAAAGACAGUUCGCAUUGACAAGAUCCGCUCUAAUGACGAAAAUCCUGGUCUGAAAGAAUACGAAGCAAGCUUUCUUAAAUUGCUUGAGAAAGUAACCAACGGAUCGACGAUCGAGAUCAGUUACACAGGUACCUCGAUCGUAUAUAGACCUGGAGGUAUUCAGGGAGGACGUGUGGAACACGAUUGCGGCACAGAUAGGAGCAUAGCAUAUUUCUUGGAACCUAUGAUUGCACUUGCUCCAUUUUCCAAAUUGCCAUUUGUUCUGACCCUACAGGGAAUCACAACCGAUCACAUUGAUAUUUCGAUGGAUAGCGUUCGGACAGUUUUGUUACCUCAAUUGAAGCGAUUUGGUAUUGAGGAGAAUGUGGAACUCAAGAUUUCAAAGAGAGGAGCACCACCAUUAGGUGGAGGAGAGGUCAUGUUCACUUGUAAUUGUGUUCGUCAGUUAAAGCCAGUUCAGUUCACAGAAGAGGGUAGAAUUAAGCGUAUUCGUGGUAUUGCGUACUGUACUCGUGUAUCACCACAGACUGCCAACCGUCUAGUUGAAUCUGCACGCUCUGUGUUGAACCGGUAUAUUCCUGAUAUUUACAUUUACACUGACGUAUACAAGGGAGCCGAGAGUGGAAAGUCUCCUGGUUUUGCUCUGUCUCUGGUAGCAGAAACAACAAAGGGUGCUCUUUUGUCUGCAGAGAAGGCAGCUGAGCCUGGACAGACUCCAGAAGAUGUUGGUGUUGUUGCCGCUAGAUUAUUGCUUAAUGAGAUCCAAAAGGGCGGAUGUAUUGAUACAGCAAGUCAAUGGUUGAAUCUUCUGUUAAUGGUUUUGUCACCUGAAGAUGUUGGCAAGGUGCGGGUGGGACAACUCUCCCCAUUCACCAUCCAAUUUUUGCGCGAUCUCAAGGACUUCUUUGGGGUUUCCUUCAAGAUACAACCAGAGGAAUCCUCAAACACUAUCCUGAUGACCUGUGUUGGCAUUGGAUAUGUUAACCACAACAAGAAGACUACCUAG